CCACGCCUCUCCCCAGAGAUGUUGCGCUUGGAUUCGAAGGAGGUCCGUCAGCUUCUUCAUAACAAGUUUGUCGUCAUCUUAGGUGACUCAAUCCAGCGAUCUGUCUACAAGGAUCUAAUUCAGUUACUCCAGAGUGACUCUUUACUCACCACAUCCCAGAUGAAGACUAAGGGGGAAUUCAGUUUUGAAAAUGACCACUUAAUUGAAGGGGGCAUGCUAGAUGGUUUACACAAUGGAAUUAAUUAUCGGGAGGUACGUCAGUAUCAUACCCGCUAUCAUCUCGUCCGCUUCUACUUCCUGACACGGGUCUACUCAGCAUACCUGGAAAGCAUCCUCAGUGAUUUCCGGGCUGGUCCACAGCCAGAUGUUUUGAUCCUCAAUUCUUGUGUUUGGGAUGUUUCCAGAUACGGCCCAUCUUCUAUGAAGGAAUACCGCAAGAACCUGGAGACAGCCUUCAAUAGACUGGAUGCUGAGCUCCCGUCCUCCUGCUUGGUCAUCUGGAACAUGACCAUGCCUCUCGGCCCCAGGAUCAAGGGUGGCUUCCUUAUACCAGAGCUGCAGCACUUGAACAAGACCCUCCGCAAGGACAUCAUUGAGGGCAACUUCUAUGGGGCCACGCUGGCUGGCCUCCACCUGUUUGAUGUGGUGGACCUCCACUUCCACUUCCGCUUCGACGUGGGGAACCGAGGCAAAGAUGGCAUCCACUGGAACAAUGUGGUGCAUCGCAGGAUCACCAACCUUCUCCUGACUCAUGUGGCGGAUGCCUGGGGUGUCGUGGUUCCAGAUAAGGAUCCUUGGAAAGAACAAACAAUGGCCAUCAGGCUCCCGGGUGCACCAGAGGUCACUGCAGAAUACCCAGAAAGCUACAGCAGGCAAUAUGGAGACGCCACUGACCUCCUGGGAUCUCCCACGCCCGUAACCGGAUGGCCCCACAAGCAACGCAAGUAUCUGGGGCUGAGGGGGGGCGUGAGAGACAAUGGGGAGGGCUCUAGCAGGCUGGAGGUCGCCAUCCAGCAACGUGGGGCUUCUGGAGCCCCUGGCCAGGCUUGUGUGGUGAUGCGUCGUGAAGCCUACAGGCCUUAUCCAGAGCCCCCCCGUUUCCAUGAUGACUCUUUACUGGUGCCCAACGAUCGGGGGUCAGUGAGGCCUUUCUCGGGGUUUGCCAGCUUUGAGGACUCCCGGGGCCUGUCUUGCCCAGACGGCGUGUUCAGAGAUGUGGCAUGCGAGAACUUUGGCUGCCAUCCGUGGGGCCUCCCAAGCCCCUUUCUGCCUUACCCCUCCCACAAUGAAGAAAACAUUCCCCCAAGGCCCAGGUGGCAUCAAAAAAGAGCGUACGCGGACACUCCCUUUGCCACGCGCCAGGAGCCCUUCUACUGGCGAGAUGCUUCGCUGCACUGGAGGCGCAGGAUCCCCUUUAAGCACUACUGA